AGAUAUGUAUAAGCCGAAAGUCUUUAACGCUGUACUCGAGGGCUUUUUCCCUGCGAAAUCCGAGCGCGUUUAUGGCCUCCUUGGCAAAAUGCCAAACCAAAUUGUCCAGAUCAUGCGUCUCCCUGUUUGGCAGAAAAUCAUGGAGCAUUUUCUCCAAAAGCCUUUCAAAUUCUACGUGGGAGAGAAACUUGUGGAAAAUCUCAGCGGCUACACGUUGUCAACUUCUGCAAUGCUUCGCCUCGUCCCCGGAGCUGAGCGGCAGCCUUUGCACAGGGAUGGAAUUCCCUGGCAAGCUGGACCCAACCUGGAAGAUCCUCUUGACACCCCUAUGGUUGGGUGUCUGAUUGCUGGAUCCAAGUGUACUUACAAGAACGGGGCAACUCUGGUUAUUCCCGGAAGUCACAAGUGGCCUGUGGACCGUGUUCCUAAGCUUGAAGAAUGCGCAAUUGCCGAAAUGGAGCCUGGUUCGGCGCUUUUUACUCUUGGAACAACUUACCAUGCUGGGGGUGAGAAUAAAUGUACAAGUGAAGAUCCUGAGGCUAUUCGUGCACUGUUCGCAGUUUUUGGUCAACGAGAUUACCUCCGUCGCAACCAGGAAGAGGUCCUUUCGACCCCUGCCGAAAUUGCCUGUGAACUUCCAGACGACAUUCUCAGGCUGACGGGAUAUUACAAAUCUGUGGGCAGUAUCGGCCAUAUCGAACACCGCAAUCCAAUUGAAUUCAUCAGAGACGGAAUGUCUCUCGGCAAAGUUCCGACAAGGUUGAAUUAUCUUGCUGGAAAGCGUGGUAUGUGCCUUUUACCUGAGUAAAAGAUCAAUAAGAGACUCACAGAUUAUGAAUCCGCAUAAAACUGCUUUAUAGUUAGCUUGCACUCAGAUAUGAAUAAAACAAUAUCAGUAG